ACUGCACGGUGUCAGGUGCAUUCUGGGAUUUCAUAAGCCAAAACAUGGCUGCGUCCUAUAGAAUACGAGUGAUGGGGUCAACUGUUGCAAAAGGAAUACUGAAUUCAGUCUCCAAAUGCUUUACUUGGAGGGUUCAGCCUUCUACUGAUGUUUUUGCCCAAAGUUCAGUCUUGCAGCACUGCAGAUCAUUCCACUGUAACCUCGGCGGCGCACUGAUGUGUUCCAAAGCAGAGUCAGGGAAACCCAGUACAGAGGGACCCGAGUACAUCCCAAAAAAGAAAGCCAAGAACCCCAUGAUGAAAGUUGGACUUGCCUGGAUUAUAGGACUCCCAUCAGGAAUUAUUGGUUUUCUUCUUGUCAAGCGAGAGGUAGAUAAGAAUCGCUUAAAACAAUUAAAAAUACGACAGAGGAUGAAGAAAUCCAAUGAAGGAGUGUAUGAGAGUGACAGACGCAGAACACAGAACACAGAGUACCCAAGGCCCUGACUAGAUUUCCCCUAAAAAGAUUGAUAUACUAAAGUUAAAAUGUGGACAUAUCUUGUAAAUAUUGUGUGCCUAUAAGGAUGACUAGAAAAAACUGCCAUCUCCUGACAUGACAAACGCAUUACUCAAAAUGACAGUACUUUACCUGAAAUGUUAAUACAUUUUGAUUUUUUUGGAUUGUGUUAAAAUGUAUUCAUAAUUAAAUGUAAAAUUGAUGGCACUAAAAUAACACAUUUGUUUUAAAUUA